UGUCUCUAGGCCGCACCUAUUAUUAUAAUUAACGCGUUCAGGGUUUUCAUAACGCACAAGAAUUACUGUUCCUUCAUCGCUUCUAGUUAUCGAGUUAUUAGGCGAGAUUGUUCCUGAACUGCAGAGCAGUUAACAUUCUGUAGUAGUUUACGCCGCCAUUGGAGAGAUAUAUUUGGUUAUGGCAGUCUCUGGAAUUCCCGGAAAUGGUAUGUAUGAAUCAACCACCGCUGCAUCGAGUGGAUCUCUAAUCUAUGCUGUCCCCGAUGAUUUAAUACAGACGGUUUUGCAACAUCUGAGUGCGACUGAUCUGUGUCACGUGGCAUCAUGUUGCCGUUGGCUACGCGAUGCAACCAAUCAGGAUUCACUCUGGCUCCCUCUUUGUCAAAGUAAAGGAUGGAAACACUAUGGCACCACCACCGACCUGGCCAAGAUACCUUCCUACGGACCUUCCGAGCAAGCAGGGGACGACAGCGCCACCUUCCAGAAUGAUAGGAUCGUGACUGAUGACAACACAGCGGGUUUAACCAGCACUUGCAGGUGGAAAGGCGUCUACAUGAGAGCUCACCAUCUGGAUAGAAACUGGGCUACAAAUUGCUCUCAUUUCAAGGAAUGUCAUUUCGAUUUGCAAGACAAACCCCGUACUGAUCUUCGCACCCAUUCUGUCGAUGGGGAUCUACUAGCAAUGUAUAACUUUAACCAAACAAUCCAUGUCUAUGACAUUCGGAACCAGACCCUUCAGUGUGUUAUCAACUCAGCGUGCAAUUUGUAUGCAAUCAAGUUCACAGAUGGCGUAAUUGUGGUGCCUUGUGAUAAUGGGAGGGUCGAUGCAUUUGAUGCAAGGACCGGGCAGACUCUGCAAACGAUAGAGGGUAACUGGGGCCAUAACACUGUUUCACUGUUCUUUGAUGGUGAACUGGUCUUAACCUGUGUGCACACUUCCGAUACGGAACGCACGAUGUCCACGGACAUUUGCGUGUGGUGUGUGGAAGACGGCCUACUUCAACGCAUCAUAACUGUGGACCAUACGGACGACGUCUGCGUUUAUUAUACCGGUAAACUGGACUACCGGGACAAGAUGUUAGCGGCUGUCUGCAAUGAUGACCACAUUCACGUGUGGGAUGCGAGGAGCGGAGAGUGUUUGCAUCAACUAGAAUGCCCAAGGAAACAGACAAAGGUUCAACUUGGCGAUAAUGUUAUUUUCGGUUUCAGCACGAAAGGCGAUGUCUGCGUUACUAGUAUUUGGAGCCAGGAGACGGGCGAUUGUCAAAAGGUGAUAGAUCUACACGUAGGCCUACCCACUCCUUACAUUGGGGAGUAUUAUACAGAGAUCAUCAAUAAUUUGAUACUACUAGAGAUAAAGAUUAAUGUCUUAGAUGUGCGAAGUUCUGUUAAAACUUACAAUCUGCUUGGAGAAUUCGUAAAUGAUGCGCAACUGGAGUAUAAUGACGGUGACGUGAAAGGAAACGGAAGCAAGCGCCUCUUCAAUCUAUUCGUGGAGACAAGAAUGGGUAGGGAAGAUUGGAAAGGAGUCGUCUUCAACGCCACUCCAACUGGAUUGGUGCGACUCUUUGAUGCUGGUCCUUUCGAAAUCAUCUGGCUUGACGAAAUCAGAAUGAUCCUUUUUGACCAUAAAGAAAACAAACUCAGUAUCCAUCACUACUGGUAAUUCAGUGGUGACAGCUGACCAAUUAACAAACUUGCAUUACAACUUUCCCCAACCGACUAUAAUCUCCUCAAAACACCUGUAUCCAAUUGUUUACUUCACAGUACACCAUGACACCCUGAACUCCAGGCAUGACAGAGUAAACAGGAUGGGAACAUUUGUUUUACUUGAGGACAGGCAGAUUUUUUUUUUUCAUUUUCGUCUCUUAAAGCCCAGUUUUUCUAUGUUGUUUCCCUUCGACAAGUCACUGUAAUACUCCUAGAAUGUUGUUCCAGCAGAUUUCUCAUCACGACCCAAGUGUUCGUGCGAGGCGUGCAGUUGUAUGGCAAACAAAAAUAAUGCAAGUAUUGCGACCCCUGGCAUGUUAGCAGUAUACAGUCGGUUAGUAAGCACACCUUUCAGUUUACCUAACAAAAAUCAACAAUAAUUUCAUUUGACCCCUCACAAUGACAUUUGACCUCAAAUGGCUGAAGUCACCUGAAGUCCCCCGACACAAACGUUGUUGUCACCAAGUCUGAUUGAGAGUGAAGUUUGACUUUUCAUAUGGCAGCACUUUUCAGUUGAUCUAGCCAAAAUUAACAUUGACCUCACUUGGCCCUAGACCUUUGACCUCAAAUGUCUUAACUCUUCUUAAGUCUCCCUACACAAAGAUUAUUGUCCAACAUGGGACAUACCUUCCAUUGUUUCGGUACCCCACAAUCAAGGCAGGGGUUGUACACGCUCUCUGAAGUGUGUAUUUACCUGCAAUGGGUGACCCCCUGUUGUCGCUCUUUUGUUUGUACUGUAAAUUUUCCGUUUCCCAAGAUAUUGGAAUAUGAUGAAUAGAUAAAAUAUUUUCUGCGCAUGUAUUGUGGAACACAGGUGUGUUAUGUAAGUUGGCAAUACAUUGUGACUAAAUAGGUCCCUUUGUAGACAAUUUCACGCAGGCUAGGGAACGUGCAGGUAAUGUGGGACUGCAGGUAUCAAUUAUGGGGACGCGUGCAUUAAAAUCGAUGCUUUGUUGAUCAAACACUCUCAGAGGUGAACAAAAAGGACAAUUUAAAGGGAAUAUACAACAUUUGCAAACAUCGAAAAAUAAAACUACCAAGUUUUUGCGAAAUACCGUAAUAG